GACCUCCGGUAGAAGAAACACAUGCAAUCAGCCAUGGCUCCUCGUCUUCGGUUAUUGGCGUUGGUCCUUCUUUCAUUUUUUGUCAGUUUUGCGUGGUCUUUACCGCGAUUUCUCCACGGAAGACCCCGUGGUGGAAUGCUGGGUGCCCCGGCAAGACAAUCAGACGGCCCGUUGCCUCCUGAUCAGUGGCUGGAGCAGAAAUUAGAUCACUUUAACGAUGCCGAUCUUCGAACUUGGAAACAGCGCUACUUUGUCAAUGCUACUUUCUUCAAGACUGGCGGACCCGUUUUUCUCAUGAUUGGUGGGGAAGGUACGGCCAAUCCUAUCUGGAUGGUGGAAGGGACCUGGGUGGUCAUGGCCAAACGAUUAGGGGCCCUGUGUUUGAUGCUCGAGCACCGGUUUUACGGGAAGAGCCAUCCGACACCGGAUAUAUCAGUGGAUAGUCUGCGAUUCCUGAGCAGUGAGCAGGCCCUGGCAGACUUAGCCUAUUUCAGACAGUCCAUGGCCAUGAAAAUGAACCUGACGUACAGCAAGUGGAUCUCAUUUGGUGGAUCCUAUCCAGGAAGUCUCUCAGCCUGGUUCCGUCUGAAGUACCCUCAUCUAGUGGAUGGUGCUGUGGCGACCAGCGGACCACUCCUAGCACAGGUGGACUUCACAGGUUACGUGUCUGUGGUGCGAGAUUCUCUGGCCACUAGCCCACAGGGAGGAGCUUGCAACACCAACAUCAUGGAGGCCACUCAACAGGUGGAGAGCCUCUUGCAGCAUCGCGUAGGAUGGGAAGACCUCACCAAACUGUUCAAGAUCUGUAAGCCACUGAAUGCUUCCAACACCAAUGAUGUUUCCAAUUUCUUUGAGUCCAUUGCUGGCAACUUCUUCGGUGUUGUGCAGUACAACAAAGACAAUCGCGCAUUUGAGGGAGCAGUAGGAACUAACAUCACUAUUGACACCCUUUGUGGUAUCAUGUGUAAUACAUCCAUCGGUCAGCCGCUUGACCGCUAUGCUGCGGUCAACUCCCUAUUGCUGGAGACCUAUGGUGAGAAUUGUCUGGACAUAUCAUACGACGACAUGAUCAGUGAGAUGAGAGAGACAUCUUGGGAAAGCUCGGCAUCAGAAGGAGGUCGGCAGUGGGUUUACCAGACAUGCACUGAGUUUGGUUUCUUCCAGACAUCUGAUGGCAAGGACCAGCCAUUUGGCCAUCAUUUCCCUGUCAGCUUUUCUCUGCAGCAGUGCUCAGACAUCUACGGCAAGCAGUUCAACAAGACCACACUUGACCAGGGCAUCGCCCACACCAAUACCAACUACGGGGCCAAGGGCAUCCGUGCCACCAAAGUGAUCUUCCCCAACGGUUCCAUAGAUCCCUGGCACUAUCUGGGAAUCACCAAGGACAUCUCCCCGACUGAGAGAGCAGUCUAUAUCCAAGGCACUGCCCACUGUGCCAAUAUGUAUCCCGAACUUCCAAGCGACCCACCACAGCUCCGACAAGCCAGGGAUACCAUCUUCAAAGCAGUUGAAGAAUGGGUCCAGUAGGAAGAGAGAUCCAGUACAGCAAGUGUAUAGGAAGGCUUCCUGUGUACUGAUUUGUACUUUGGUUUUUGUAACAAUGAAGAAAUCAUUGAAUUACAACCGAACAUGAAAUAUUUGGUUUCAAGAAUGUCACAAAUCGAUCUGUUGUGCUCUGUAAAUACUUUUUGCCUACUUACAUUGUACUAAGGAAAUGUACUUGCAAUCCAGCUGCCAAAAGUGUUUGUGUAAUUGGCUGGUUUUGUGAGAUACAUUGGUAGGAAAUGGGUGAUUAAGAGUACCUGUCAUCACAUACAACUGAUUUUUUUCUUUGAAGAACUGCCCUUUGUUACUCGACAUGUCUACCUUGUCUGAAACUUAUCUUUAAAUUUCAAAUUAUAUCUUUAAAUUCUUAAAGAUUUUUGACACAAAUAUAAAGGAAAUAAGUGUUUGUUUCUACUGAUGUGUGUUGUGCAACUUAAAAAGUUGUAGGAAAAAUUGUAUUGAUAUAAAUGUUAAAUCUGGUUCAACUGGGCUUGAAUUAUGUAUUAGAAUUCCCUUACUUGAUGCUGUAAUAAAACAUCAUUGCAAAUGUGCACCUGUUAUACGUAAUUUUAAAAA